AACGAUUCGAAGUUCGAUAGUUUGUACUCAGAGUCACCCGCCCCACCCUCAACAACGCUCUAUCCUACUAUUCUAGCGUUCAUUUUCUCGCCACCGGCGCCGCCCCACGCCUCCGCAAUCCGCCGAUAAGGCUAGAAAUGAGCCGCCCAUUCGCAAGUCCCUCCUCCGCCCUCAAGCGGAAAAGGCCCGAAUCACAGCCGCCAGGUCACGCGGACGCCGAGCAAAAAAUCCUCGAUUUGAUCAAAAGUAAGAAAGACUCGGGCAUUUGGACAAGAGACAUCAAAUUCGAGACCAAAAUCGCCGACAACCUCGUCACCAAAUCCAUCAAGUCCCUGCUCGCCAAGAAGCAGAUAAAAGAAGUUGUCAACAUUCAGAACAAGGGCAAGAAGCAUUACAUGGCUGUCGAGUACGAGCCUUCGAAGGAGCUAAGCGGGGGAGACUUUUACGCCAAUGGGGCGCUCGACGAGGCCUUAAUAGACGUGCUAAGGAAGGUGAGCUACAGGUACAUAAGCGUCCAGAAAGUGGGGACAGUUGAAGGGACCCACAGUUACCUUGUGAAGAAUAAGGUAGUUAACUUUAGCAUCUCCACUGAGCAGGUUGGGGAGAUUCUGAACUCGAUGGUUCUGGAUGAUGAGAUCAUAGAGGUGAAGAGCACUGGGUAUGGAGAUUAUUAUUCGAUUCCUAUUGGGACGACUUGUUAUAGAGUGACAGGUGGCGGUAGGGCCCAGAAGGGCCCGAAGUUGGGUGCGUUUGCUGCGAUUCCAUGUGGGGUGUGCCCGAGGAUUGGUUUGUGUACAAGUGAUGGGCCUAUAUCCCCAACUACUUGUGUGUAUUACACAAAGUGGUUGGACAUAGAUUUUUGAAAACAUGAUGUUAUUUUUUUUUUUUUUUUUUU